AUGUCACAAAAUAUUUAUGAUGAUGAAACAUUUUUUAAUAACUAUGCAAAAUUACCAAGAUCAAUAAAUGGAUUACAAGGAGCACCAGAAUUUGAAUAUUUAAAAAGUUUAUUACCACCAAUUAAUAGUGAAACUAGUAUUGUAGAUUUAGGAUGUGGAUAUGGUUGGUUUUGUCGUGAAGCUAUUAAAAUGGGAUCAAAAUCAGUACUUGGUAUUGAUAUUUCAAAGAAAAUGAUUAAUAAAGCCAAAGAAUUAGAUACAACAUUAGAUUUAGGUAGUGGUGAUGGCGAAAGUCAAUCAUUUAGUAAAUUAAUUAAAUAUGAAAUUCAAGAUUUAGAGAAAUUAACAAGUAUCACUGAUAAUCAAUCAUUUGAUUUAGCUUAUAGUGUUUUUGUAUUUCAUUAUUUAUUAGAUUUAGAAGGAUUUUUAAGAAAAGUUUAUUCAUCAUUAAAAAAAGGUGGUACAUUAUUAUUCACUGUUGAACAUCCAAUUUAUUCAUGUUCAAAAUAUACAAACUAUUGGAUAGAUUAUCAAAACAAUGCAGAGGAAAAGAUUUGGCCAGUUUCUCAUUACUCUUUUGAAGGUGAAAGAAUUUCCAAUUGGUUAGCAGAUGGUGUUAAAAAACAACAUCGUUCAAUUGGUACCUACAUCAAUACCCUAAUUAACACUGGUUUCACAAUUUCACACCUCAAUGAAUGGUCACCAACUGACCAACAAAUUAAAAACAAUCCAAGUUUAUUAAUUGAAAAAGAAAGACCAAUGAUUUUAAUAAUAAAAGCAAUUAAAAAUUAA